AUGGUGGCCCUCCUCCUAGCGGCGUGCAUGGCUGCCGCGGUAAGCUCCAGCGCCGGAACCUCGGCGAUCUUCAAUAUUUGCGCUGUCACGAACUUCAAGGAGACCUGCCAAAAGAGCCUCGCCGGAGCCACCGGCACUCAACCUAAGGACCUUAUAAAGACGGCGCUCGACGCGGCCGCCGUGGAGCUUCACAGCGCCGUAGAGAGCGCGGCCACCUAUAGAACAGCAUCGGCGGACGAGAUGGCGCAGGGGGCGUUGAUGGUGUGUGAAGAGAUGCUCAACACCGCCAUCGAUGAUCUGAGAAGGUCGUCCGACAAAGUAGACAAGAUCGAAAUGGGACGGCUGAGCUACAACAUCGCCGCCGUGAGGAACUGGCUCAGCGCAGCCGUCACGCACAAGGAGAAUUGCAUUGAUGAGCUCGAGACCACCGCAGGCGAGAUCGGUGAGAAGGUGAAGGGGAUGCUGGAGACUUCGAGCGAGUUGUUGAGUAACGGUCUAGCAAUGAUCGCCAACACCGAACCAAAGCUACUCGGGGAAGAAAUUCCUCCUUCAGAUGCGGAUGAGGUGCCGUCACCGGCGGCUGUGGCUCAGAAACUGACGGUGGCUCAGGACGGCAGCGGGCAGUUCACGACCAUCAACGACGCCCUCAAGAGCUUGCCCCAAAUGAGCGACGCACCGGUUGUGGUUUUGGUGAAAGCCGGUGUUUACAAGGAGUAUGUUGUGGUUCCCAAGGGCAUGAACAACGUCGCUCUAAUCGGAGAUGGGCCGUUGGCCACCGUCAUUUCCGGCAGCAGGAGUAACGCUACUGGUUAUCGGACUUCUGACUCUGCAACUCUCACCAUCAGAGGAGAAGGGUUCUUGGCGAAGGACAUCGGAAUCGAGAACACCGCCCCGACGACCCAGGCCGUGGCGGUUCUAACCGCCGGCGACAAGGCCGUGUUCCACAACGUACACAUCGACAGCCUCCAAGACAGCCUCUACGCCAACUCGUACCGCCAGUUCUACCGCGACUGCCGCAUCAGCGGCACCAUUGACUUCAUCUUCGGCGACGCCAUCGCUGUCCUUCAGAACUGCGAAAUCGUGGUGCGCAAGCCCCUCCCCAAGCAGUACUGCACCAUCACCGCCCAGGGCCGGACGGAGAAGACCGGCGACGGUGUCACCGUGAUCCAAGGCGGCAACAUCACGGCGGAGGAGGCCUUCCUGAAUGCACAGCCGCCGGUGCAGGCGUAUCUGGGGCGGCCGUGGAAGCAGUACUCGAGGACGAUCAUCAUGCAGGCGGACAUCGGGGGGUUCAUCCAACCGCAGGGGUGGGCGCCGUGGAAUGCGAGCAACUUCGCCCUCGACACGCUCUUCUACGGCGAGUGGGCCAACAAGGGAGCCGGGUCGGAUCUCAGCAAUCGGGUCAAGUGGAAAGGUAUUCAGAAUAUGACGCUGGAGAUUGCGGAGAGCUUCACUGCUGGGAAACUGUUUGUGGAUGAUGAGUGGGUCAAGAACACUGGGGUUCCCUAUGUUGCUGGAAUGCUGCCUACCGCUUAA